AUGUCAGAAGCCAAGACUUUGGUGCUGGAAAAUACCACGCGCCGAGAUGUUUUGAUUGAUAUUGAGAAGAAAUACCAGGAGACGUGGGAGCAGGAGCGGACUUUCGAGGUUGACGCCGUCGAAAACCUACCCGAGAUGCCCGAGGAGGAGCUGCAUAAAAAGUACCCCAAGUUCAUGGCCACGAUGGCCUAUCCGUAUAUGAACGGUGUGCUUCAUGCUGGUCACUCCUACACAAUGUCCAAGGCCGAGUUUGCCACUGGUUACGAGCGUAUGAAGGGCAAGAGAGCUCUUUUCCCCAUGGGGUUCCACUGCACAGGCAUGCCGAUCAGAGCCAGUGCCGAUAAGCUAGCGCGUGAAAUCGAGCAGUUUGGCGAGAAUUUCGAGGUUCCUGAGGAGAAGGAGGAAGAGGAAGAGGCUGCUCAGGAAGCCACUCCUGCUGCCAAGGCUGAUCCGACCAAGUUCCGGGCCCAAAAAUCCAAGGCAGUUGCCAAACAGGGCAAGGCAAAGUACCAGCACGAGAUCAUGAUGCAGCUUGGUAUUCCCCGUGAGGAGGUUCACAAGUUUGCCGACGCAAACUACUGGAUCACGUAUUUCCCGCCCAAGUGCCAGGCCGACUGCACGCUCUUCGGUGCUCGCAUCGACUGGCGCCGUUCGUUCGUCACCACCGACGUCAACCCCUACUACGAUUCUAUGAUCCGCUGGCAGAUGAAGGCCCUCAAGGCUCUUGACAAGAUCAAGUUCGGUAUGCGUUACACUAUCUACUCCCCCAAGGAUGGCCAGCCCUGCAUGGAUCACGACCGUCAGGUUGGUGAGGCUGUUAACCCCCAGGAGUACGUUGGUAUCAAGAUCGCAAUUACUGAGUUCCCUGAAGAAGCCAAGCAUGCCUUGGUCAAUGUCAGCGAUCUUUCUGCUCGCAAGGUCUACUUGGUUGCCGCUACUUUACGCCCUGAGACCAUGUACGGUCAGACCUGCUGCUUUGUUUCGCCCAAAAUCACCUAUGGCUUGUUCGAUGCUGGUAACAACGAGUACUUUAUCACCACUGAACGUGCUUUCCGCAACAUGGCUUUCCAGGACCUUACUCCUAGACGUGGGCACUAUGCGCCUGUUGCUUGGAUUCCGGGCUCAGCGCUAGUUGGUGCCAAGAUCUCUGCUCCUUUGGCUCAAUACGAUGAGCUCCGUGUUCUCCCCAUGGAGACUAUUCUUGCCAAUAAGGGUACAGGUGUUGUCACUUGUGUUCCUAGCGACUCUCCUGAUGACUACAUUACUCAAGUCGAUCUGGCUAAGAAGCCCGAAUAUUACCACAUCGAAGCGUCUUGGAUUGCUGAUCCCGUACCUGUUGUUGACACUCCUACUUAUGGUACUACAACUGCCAAGACCUUGGUCGAGCAGCUCAAAAUCAACUCUCCCAAGGACAAGGAUAAGCUCGCCGAGGCCAAGGAGAUUGCCUACAAGGAAGGCUUUUAUAUGGGUGUCAUGGCUGUUGGCAAGUAUGCUGGUGAGAAGGUUGAGGACGCAAAGCCCAAGGUUCGUGAGGAUAUGGUCAAGGCAGGACAGGCCUUUGUUUACUCUGAGCCUGAGGGUCUUGUUAUUUCUCGAUCUGGUGAUGAAUGCGUUGUUUCUCUUGAAGAUCAGUGGUACAACGACUAUGGCGAGGAUUCAUGGAAGGCUGUCACCGAAAAGGCGCUUGCUCGCUUGGAAACCUUCAGCCCCGAAGCUCGCAAUGGCUUUGAGAAGGUCUUGGACUGGCUCCGCAACUGGGCUCUUUCUCGUACUUACGGUCUCGGUACCCGUAUUCCUUGGGAUGAACAGUACUUGGUUGAGUCUCUUUCUGAUUCUACAAUUUACAUGGCGUAUUACACCAUCUGCCAUUUCUUACACAAGGACUACUAUGGACAAGAGCUCGGCUCGCUUGGAAUUCCUGCCGAGGAUAUGACCGAUGAGGUCUGGAACUAUGUUUUCUGCCGCUCCAAUGAUAUUUCUGCGGAGUGCAAGGUUUCCAAGGAAAAGCUUGAUACCAUGCGUAACUCUUUCCGUUUCUUCUAUCCCCUGGACUUGCGUGUUUCUGGUAAGGAUUUGAUCCCCAACCACUUGACUUUCUUCCUUUACUGCCACACCGCCUUGUUUAGUGAAGAGUUCUGGCCCCGCGGUAUUCGUGCUAAUGGCCAUUUGAUGCUGAAUAACGAAAAGAUGUCUAAGAGUACUGGUAACUUUUUGACCCUCCGUGAAAUGCUCACCAAGUUUGGUUCUGACGCUACACGUAUUGCUCUUGCUGAUGCUGGUGACACAUUUGAGGAUGCAAACUUCGACGAGGCCAAUGCCAAUGCCGCUAUCCUUCGUUUGCAUACCCUCAAAGAAUGGACCACUUCUGUCCUUGCUCACCCUGAGGAAUUGCGCUGUGGUGAAUUCAACUUUUAUGACCGAGCUUUCGCUAGUGAAAUGAAUCAGCUCAUUUUGGAUACUGAGGCGGCUUAUGAAGCUACACACUACAAAGCUGCUCUUAAGAGCGGCUUGUUUGACCUCCAGAUUGCUCGUGACUACUACCGUGAUGUCACCAAUUCUUUGGGUCUCCGCAUGCACCAGUCUUUGGUCAAGCGUUACAUUGAGGUUCAGGCGCUUCUUCUUACCCCUAUUGCUCCCCAUUUCGGUGAGUAUGUAUGGCGCGAGGUUCUCGGUAACAAAACUACCGUUCAUGACGCCAAGUUCCCCACUCCUGAUGCACCUGUUGAUCAGUCUGUCAUUGACUCUAUCAACUAUGUUCGCGACGUAUCCCGUGCUAUUCGCGAGGCUGAGGGCCAGCUGAUGAAGAAAAAGAAGAAGGGUACUUCCUUCGACCCCAAGGCACCUUCUUCGCUCACUAUUUACAUUGCCGAUGCUUUCCCUGAAUGGCAGGAGAGCUACAUCGAGUUGGUUCGCGACGCAUUGGAUUCCGCUGAUUUCACUGAUAUGACUGGUGCUUUCAAGCAAAAGGUUUCCAAAUUGGGUGACCCUAAGCGCGGUAUGCAGUUUGUAUCGCUUCUGCGCAUAUCUAUUCUCGGCGGCAAACCCGCUGCCGAGGUUCUCGAUCGUAAGCUCAGCUUCAAUGAGCCCGCUGUUGCCAAGGAGGCACUCUCUGUAUUCCAGAAGUCUGCCAUGGCAUCCAAUAUCGUCAACAUCCAGAUUGUAUCUGUUGCCAAUGGUGUUGGUAAAGACGUGGUUACUGGUGAGACUGUUGAGGUUCCUUCCUCCAAGCCUGUUCAAGACGCGACACCUGGCUCCCCUGGCAUCAUCAUUGCUAAUAACUAA